AUAAAUAGGAAGUACUUCCGGAAAGUUGGCAUUUUCGCAAGGACAUACGGACUUGAACUUUUAAUCAUAUGAGUGCUUAAUGAUGGGCAUAAAAAGGUAAACAAAGUCACAGCUGCAAUCAUGAGCAAAGUGGUAGCCAAGGAGACUAAAGCUCAUCCCAGCUUGCUAAGAAAGGGGUCAUCUCACAAGAUGGCUUUGAAGGAGAAGGCAGUUCAGAUAUAUGAGGCUUUCUUCAAGGGAGAGGACCCCUCUCUGGGAAAUCGCAACUUUUGGGAUGAACUAUUUCUUUUAAAGGUGAAUUCUCCAUAUAUUGAAAAACAAUUUGAAAGCUUAUCAGGCGAGCAGUUACUGGCUUUAAAGGAGAACGUAAACACACUGUGUUAUCAGUGUAUCCAAACAAUGAAACAGGACCAUCCCAUUAGAACAGCCCAUGCCAUGCAGACUGUGGCUGCACUCAUUAGAGGUGUAUUUAAAAAGAGUUUGGGCAACUAUGGCUUUGAUGUCAUCAAUAUACUACUCGGGUUUGAUUCAGCUGAAGUAUUGAUGCAGACUCUUGUGGAAACUCUUCACACCAUUCUCACUGGGGAAAGUCCUGCCAGCCUGAAAUCUGUAUCUCUCAAGCUUUUACUGACUUUAGUCACUGCUACUGAUAAUGUGAGUCAAAAUACAAUGUUGGAAUAUGUGAUGAUAAACAGUGUAUUCGAAGCAAUUAUUCAGCUUCUAGCCAAUCCAUUGUCCAGACAAAUCCAUGGUCAUGAUGCAGUGUUACUUCUCACUUUACUUGUGCAAUAUAGAAAAUAUGAGUCUGCCAAUCCAUACAUAGUGAAGCUGUCAAUAUUAGAUGAUGAGCUGGCUUUGAAUGGAUAUGCUCAAGUUGUAUCUUCUAGUCUAACAGAGUUUAACAGGUGUUAUCAAAGCAGAAAAACAGAACACCAAAGUAGUGGUGGCUUUUUCUCAGCCUUCACAAAUAUGGUUGGGAGCAUGUUUGUUGCAGAAGAAGCUACAACAGAGGCUAUUAAGGCCAACGACUCCAUGUUGCUGGCACUGUAUGAAGCUGUCCAUUUGAACAGGAAUUUUAUCACCACUUUGACUCAUGUUCAUACAGCGUCAGCACCCACCACUCCUCCACAGUCUCCAGCUACUCCACAGUCACCCGUGCUGGAAGGCACUGAUGCUGCACUAUCAGGCAAUGUGGACUUGUCUGCCCAUGAUCAGCCUACCAGUCUUCUUGUCACUUUCCUCGAGUACACUUCUAUUAUCAUGCAAAACACGAAAGAUGAAACUAGAUUUGAUAAUGCCAAGUUGUGCCUGGUCAUAUUGACAUGUAUAGCAGAGGACCAGUAUGCAAACUCCUUGAUGCAUGAUGCCAAUAUGAAUUUUAGAGUUCCCAUUCAUAAAGCACCUAUGAGACACAGGAAGACUCCAACGGAGAAGAUUCCUCCUUCUAGGCCUUUGGCAGGUGCUCUGUUAGAUCUAAUGGUGGAGUUUACCAUGAGUCACAUGAUGAAAAGUAUGCCAGUAGAACUUCACAUGUUGAGUCUGGGCACUAUCCACCGGGUGUUGUGUUAUCAGAAAAAAUGCCGAGUCAGGAUGCAGUAUCAGUGGAAAGACCUGUGGACAGCUUUAAUCAAUCUGCUCAAGUUUCUGCUGUCCAAUGAGACCACUUUAAUGAAGAAAUAUAAUAUUUUCCCUCUUGCCACUCAGGUGAUAAAUAUCUUCAAUUUGUUCAUUACAUAUGGAGACACUUUUCUUCCCAACCCCACCAGCUAUGAUGAGCUUUACUAUGAACUGAUCAGAAUGCAUCAGGUGUUUGAUAAUCUCUAUUCUAUGGCACUCCGUUACACAACUAAUGGAGGAGAUUGCAAAGAUUCCGCAGCCAGGCUCACCAAUAACCUGGUCAAUGUCAGAGCGAUCAUCAACCACUUUAACCCUAAGCUGGAUUCUUGGGCUGCUGUCAAUCACUUAUCUUCCUUAACGGAAGAACAGGUUCUGGAAGUUGUGAGGAGCAAUUAUGACACUUUGACCCUGAAACUGCAGGAUAAUCUAGACCAGUAUGAGAGAUAUUCUGAAAAACCAAAGGAGUCUGCUUUUUUCACACAGCUGGUGCGCUCCAUUAUUUGUGAUGUGAGAAGGGAUGUAGCAGCAACCAGCCAACAGCAGCAGAACAGUAUUAUGCAGGAGUUUUCCACAAUAAGAUAAUGAAAAU